CGCCUAACAACUCUCAACUCUAAUUCACCGGCGUAUAUAUGCGAAACCAAAACCAUAACCAUAACAAUGGUCUAAGGUAGACCUACUCUUGGAUUUAAAGAGUGCACUGCCUGGAAACGAUUGGAAAUGAAACUGGUGGAAUUAUUGAUUUGUGUAUAUUAUCGACAGAGUAGUUUUUUGGACACAAAUGGAUACACCGCUCAGGACAGUUUGACAUUCGAAGAGUUUUUGCAACUCACUUGUGAUCUGAUUGAGGUUCAGGUCUGUCAUCAUGGAUGACGGAAGCGCCGAGACCGAAGCGCUCAUCGGGAGCUCGAGUGAAGAUGUUCGGUCUCACCUGGACGGAAAAAACGCUCCUGCCGAGUUCAAAGUUUACAAAAGGAGAUGGUUCAUCUUAUUUGUUCUUUGCUUGCUUAAUUGUUCGAACGCAAUGUCGUGGCUGACCUUUGCACCCGUGGCCGACCAGACGGCACAGUAUCUGCGAAUCUCUCUCGACCUGGUCAACUGGCUGUCGCUAGUCUAUGUUGUGGUUGCUAUUUUUUUCAGUUUCAUCACAACAUGGGUACUGGACACACUGGGACUGCGCUUCUCGCUAAUCAUGGGCUCCUGGCUGAACAUGUUGGGCAGUGUCCUGCGUGUCGUUGGCGUGCUGAAAUGGAUCCCGGAGUGGGCCGUGUUCCCUAUGGUCAUGGGCGGCCAAACGCUGUGUGCCUUCGCCCAGCCGUUGAUCAUCUUUGCCCCCACCAAGCUCGCGGCUCUCUGGUUCCCCGAUCACCAGAGGGCCACAGCUAACAUGAUGGCUUCCAUGGCAAAUACUGUUGGGUUGCUCUUUGCGAAUAUCUUCUCUCCCAUGAUAAUUAGUUACACCAAUAAUCUUCUUAUGCUGCUCUUUAUAUAUGCCAUACCUGCCGCCGUAGCCUGUUUCCUAGCAACAGUAGGGAUCCGGGAACGCGUUCCCCCGACACCCCCCUCCGCCAGUGUGGUGACCUCCAGCUCUGAACCUUUUCUACAGGGGGUGAAACUGCUACUGACGAACAAAGCAUACAUGGUCCUGCUGGUGUGUUUUGGUUCAGGAAUAGGAAUAUUCACUUGCUUUUCCACCUUUCUGGAGCAGAUACUUUGUGUUAAGGGCUACUCAAAUGACUUUGCAGGACUGUGCGGUGCAGUUUCCAUUGUUUUCGGUGUUCUGGGCGCCUUUCUCUUGGGCCUGUACGUGGACAAGACCAAGAAUUUUACAGAAGUCACUAAAAUAAACAUGUGUUUGACAUCUCUGGGCUGCUCUGUUUUUGCUGUGGUUUCCCAGUUAAGUGAGCAGAAGUUGAUCAUCGGUGCAGUUUGUGCGUGGUUCGGUUUGUUCGGGUAUUCUGUAUAUCCCAUCGCCAUGGAGCUCGGAGUUGAAUGCUCAUACCCUGUGGGUGAAGCAACAUCCUCUGGAUUGAUCUUCGUAUCUGGACAAAUCCAGGCCGCCCUCUACAUGCUGCUGCUUCAAGCUCUGGCCAAACCAAUAGCAGAUUCGUCAAUAUCCGUAUGUGCAACUGGAGCGGAUGCCAAUUUGAGCUGGACAGUGCCAGUGCUGGUGAUGGCAGGCCUGUGUGCUCUGGGCACCUGCUGCUUUGUUGUCUUUUUCCACACGGAUUACCGGAGACUCCGUGCGGAAGCCACAGCCUCACCAAAGACAGUGACAGACCAGUCAACAGGAGGAGGCACCUGGGCAAACAGCACCGACGCAUAAAGAGAUAGGCUGAGAAACCACAGAUGACCGUGUUUACGCACACUUUAAAACGACUUUUACCUCGAUAGCACUGAAAUAUGUGCCUUAAAAAUGCUAGUUUGUUUUUACUCAAGAAUUGGUACCAUCUCAAGCGGCAUUAAUGUUACAUAAAACCUUGGACGCACAAAAACAUUUCUGUUUCCAUUAAAGAAUCAGAAUAAAGGUACAAACUUUAAACCAAAACCAAAUGUUUUAUGCAAUUUUAAUCUCAAUGUAUGAAUGUUUUUUUUUAUUGCAUUAAAGAAUACAGAUCGAUUUCUAACUGUUAUACUUAAAGGCAUUAUUAUUAUUUUUACAAUGUAGUUGUUAGCAAUUGGUCAUUUUAUGAAAUUAGAGGUAUAUUUGAGUGCGAUAAUAUGUCUAUAGGACUGACUUUCUACCUUAAGAGCAGAAAUGAAAGAUUUCUGGGUUCAAGUAACCAUUCUGUAUAUGCUAUUGUUGCACAUUUUACUGAUUAAUGCAAUAAUUUGUGUGGUCAAAAGGUUUUGUAUGAUUGCUAAACUGUUUAUUUAACCAUUAUCUAUCUCCUUCACUUCAAGUUUUGUUUCUCAAAUAACUGUGGCGUUUCUUCUCACUCAAGUGGAAUAAUAUCCUUUUUAAUCAAUAUUUCAUGGUAAAUGUAUUCAUUUAGCAAGUAGCCAUGAUAAUAACGAUAACGAGCGUGAUAAUGUACAAUUAGGUAAGGUGCCAAGGACUCAUUCAAACACAUACUGUGCAUGAUCUCUUACCAAAUGUCUAUAUUUCUGCUAACUUAACCAAUGCAUUUGUUGUUGUUUUUGUAUGUAAUAAAAUUAAUUUUAUAAAAUCCAGAA